AAAUCAAUCUCCUUUUCCCGGGAAAAAUUGAAUCGUUUUGAUGUAAAGAGAAGAAUUAUAGCGCAUUCAUGGGAGUUCUAACUCCAAGUCUUCAAGCAAUCCACUUGAGAACUCCUCAACGUCUUACAUUCAACAGAUGCAGCAUCACCCAGAAGAGUAAUAUCAGAUGUGGAAUAGCAGAGCCGUCAGGAGAGCCAGCUCCAAUGGGACAGAAAACCAAAUACAAUGAUGGGUUUUUCGAGAAGGCAUUCAUGACUUUGUUUGCUAGGAAAAUGGAGAAGUUUGGACCAUCUGGAGCGGAAACUAAGGAGAAGGAGAAGGGGUUUUUUGAUUAUGACUAUGAAGUGUUUGUUGAUGUGUCUAAGAGUGUCAUGAAGGGAAGGUCUAGAAUGCAGCAACAGGAGGUGGUUCGAGAGGUGCUUCUCUCAAUGCUCCCUCCUGGUGCGCCUGCUCAGUUCAGGAAACUAUUUCCACCAACAAGGUGGGCUGCUGAGUUCAAUGCUGCAUUGACAGUACCUUUAUUCCAUUGGUUGGUUGGUCCUUCUGAGGUCGUGGAAGUGGAGGUAGAUGGGGUGAAGCAAAGAAGUGGAGUUCACAUAAAGAAGUGCAGGUACCUGGAGAACAGUGGCUGUGUGGGAAUGUGUGUGAAUAUGUGCAAGAUACCUACUCAGGAUUUCUUCACCAAUGAGUUUGGACUUCCUUUAACCAUGAACCCUAAUUUUGAAGACAUGAGUUGCGAAAUGGUGUAUGGCCAAGUUCCACCACAAUUUGAAGAGGACCCAGUGUCUCAACAGCCUUGUUUUCCUGAUAUUUGUUCCAUGGCGACUCCCAGAGCUAGCGUUUGUCCUAAAUUACAAGCUUGAGAUGAUUUUCACAGUUGGGAUGAUGGCAGAAAGAAGUAAACUCAAACAAGUACUGCUAUCAAGUUCAUUGGUACUCAUAUAUACCACCCUCAUACAUGUAAACUAAGAUGUAUAUAUAUUAGCUUGGAACACUGUGUAUUACUUGGUCAGUAAUAGUAUCAAUACAUUCAUGAUUCAUAUUGAUUUUAUUCUCAUCUUGUCAUGUAAAAAUCAUAUGCAUAUUUCCUCCUUGUCUGAUAU